CCAUGAUGGCGGCGCCCAUGCGCCAUUUAGGCUGUUCUAACCUAAUGUUGAUGUAACUUUUGGACUUCGCAAUUGAAUGCUGUUAUCUGGAGACAGAAUGAACCGUAACAUGAAGACGAACAAAAAUUCCACCAUGACACAUUUUUAAACGGAUCUAUUUGUAAAUGUAAAACCGAACUAAACAAAGUCAGCUAACUCAGCUAAUGCUACGAGGUCAUCAUCGAGCUGCUGAAAAUUCACCACGUGUGUUUAAUUAUUAUUAUAAUAAGAUUUAAGGAUGUGGAAUCAAAUCGGUGUGAAAGUAAGAUACAGUGGUGUGUAUGUGGUACGCGGAUUUUGCCGGGGAUGUGUCGGAGGGAGGUUUCUAUCACGUGUUGGUCCAAAUGUCAGAAAUUCCUCCGUCGUAUCGAGUGAUGAUGUAGAGACCCGCCGUGUCUCCCCUCCGCCCUGGAGAGUUCUGUUCUUCGGAAGUGACGAUUUCGCAGUCGAGUCUUUAAAACGGCUUCAUGCAGCUCGAGCCCAUUCUGUGGUGGACUCGCUUGAGGUUGUCACUUUGUCCAGUAAUGUCCCUGUAUGGAAGUUUGCAGAUCAGCACAAUCUCCCGGUUCAUCAGUGGCCCAGGGUGGAAUCCAGCGGGCAGUUCGAUGUCGGAGUGGUCGUCUCUUUCGGCUGCCUGCUUAAGGAGAGCCUUAUCAACACGUUUCCAUAUGGGAUUCUCAACAUUCACCCUAGCCUCCUGCCUCGUUGGCGUGGACCUGCGCCUGUUUUUCACACGAUUUUACACGGAGACAAAAUCACCGGAGUCACCAUCAUGCAGAUUAGACCGAGGAGGUUUGACGUCGGUCCGAUACUUAAUCAGGAGCUUUAUGAGGUCCCUGAAAAGAGCACGGCUGAAGAGCUGGGAGGUUCGCUGGCAGUCCUGGGAGCCCAGCUGUUAAUAGAUACACUCAGGAACCUUCCAGAACGAAUAGCAAAUAGGACAGAGCAGGCAAGAGAAGGGGCAACAUUUGCGCCUAAAAUCAACUCUUCCUUGAGUUGGAUUGUUUGGGAGGAACAGACGUGUGAUCAGAUUGAUCGACUGUAUCGUGCGAUAGGAUCUCGGGUUCAUUUGAGAACAAUCUGGAUGGGCCGUGCCAUCAAACUUCUAGACUUCGUUGGAAAAAGCAACAUGCCGUUUACAGAAAUUUCACAUUUCACUGCAGUCCCUGGGUCCAUCCACUAUCAAAAGGAAUCAAACACCUUGUCAGUUUGCUGCAAGGAUGGAUGGGUUGGAUUCAAAACAGUAAUGUUAAAAAAAAGAUUAUCAGCAGCAGAUUUUUUUAAUGGGUAUCUUCACCAGAGCGCCCUGAAGAAAUCACAGGCCCAGAGCAACUGCCGGUUUCAGAGCUACACAGAGAAAUCCGGACAAAACUCCACAUUAUUGCUCAGGAAUAAGACUGGUCAUUAAAGCCCACCCAUUAACACACAUGAGAAAUUCUAUAAUGUAUAAAUUAUAUACAGUGCUUAAAUUGUCUGUUUUAAGACAGUGAGACAAAAUUGUAAGACGUUUUUUUGGCACUAAAUUAUUGUAAAAUAGUGUGUAUAUGUACAUACUAAUGAAUGUUUAUUUUAAUGAAGCUUUUGCUUUUAAA